AUGUCAGACCCCAGCGAAGAUGAAUACGACAGUGUCAGCGAUAUAUCCGAGAUCAGCCCAGAGUCGGAAAUCCUAGCACCAGUUCAAAAGAGGAUUGAGGAACAGUUGAAGAAACACUUACAGGAAGUUAAUCAACAGCUUAAUGAAGCGAACAAUGAAUUUAAAGCAGUUCAUAUGGAGCGUGAGACCUGUGGCGCGAAUCUAUACAACGCCCAGCAACAGCUUGCUCGGCUCCAAGAGACUUUAGAAUCGUAUAAUGAAAGUCACUCAGCUAUUCAAGCAGAGUAUGGGGAAAAGCUUAUGGAGCGUGACAAAUUGUCGAAUAUUACCGAAGAAGCCCAGCAAAAGACUGACGAUAUGCAAAAGCAAUAUACCAAGUUUCAGGGUGAACUUUCUAAGUUAAGUGAGACCGUCCUUAAAGUGGAGCAAUUUAAUGAGCAUUUGAAAGAUGAAACAGAGCUUGAGCGACGAGCUGCUCAUAAGACUGAGGAUGAUGUAGUUGCUUUAGAGAAAGCAAAGUUGCGCCAAGAUGCUCUCGUUCGGUCACUGGAAGAGCGUAUUCAAUCGUUCGAAGAGCAGUCUGCCUCUCUAAGUGAACAAAUUGAAACUCAACAAAAGGAGACACAGGCUGCCCGAGAUAUACUUGCUGAAGCGAUGGGCGAGAUUGAAGCGAUAAAUGUCGAAAAGAAGCACCUUGCACAACAAUGGAAAAGUUCACUAAUCGGUAUUCAACGCCGGCAUGAUGCCAUGAAAAAGACAGAAGAAGCUCUUCAUACGCAAAAGGAAACCUUACAGACUCUUGAAAACGAAAUCACACGUUAUCGACACGAUAUUAAUACAGAACAAACAGAAAAUGCGAAAUUGAAUGAAUUUGCAUCACGAGUGGAAAAUGAAAUAAUUGUGCUGGAGAAGCAAAUGGAUAUUCUGUACGAGAAGAGGGACAAAGCUUCUGAAAGCUACUCUCUUCUUAAAUCAAGUGUAGAGCAAACCGAAGCUGAGAUCAAGGUGCUAGAACAGCAGCUCAAAGGCAAGUCUAAGGAAGUCAAUGAAUUGAACAAGCACAUCCUGAAGCAUGACAACGCGGUGAAGUCGAUGGAGAGUGAAGUUCUGAAAUACCUCACUGAACAAACAUCAUUGAAAAAGGGAAGCCAAGACGUUUUGAGAGAGAUAGAAAAGAUAAAGGAGACUAUCAACACAAAAGAAGUUCAAAUCACAAAUAUGGAAAAUGAGCUUGCUCGAAUCAGAGUGGAUUACUUGCAGGCUACUGCGUACAAUGAAACUCUCCAAGAAACUCUGGACGGUCUUGAAACUGAGUUGCAGACACGUGGCGCACUUAUCGAAAAGAUGCAGCAAGACAUUCGACGCCGCAAUGACGACAUCGACAGAAAGCAAAAGAGGCUGGACCAGCUCAAUCAGCACUACGAACAAAUUAUGAGUGCUCACAAUGGUGAGAGCGAUGAACACAUUGGACCCCUUGAAGCUACUAUUAAUAGUCUUUCGAGGGCUAUUUCAGAAAGGUCGAAGGAGAAUGAGGUGCUUCAACAAGAGUGGAUCAAAUUACAAACUGAACUAGUUGAUUACAACAUCACAAUGAAUGAAAUCAAUGAAGCUAUUCUUGAUUACCAAGCCAAGAGUACAAUUUUAGCACAGAAAAGAGAUCGGCUAGCCUCUGCUAUUCAGCUAAAAAAACAGGAGAUUGCGUCGUUAUCUAGCAAAUCAGAAUCCAUGCAUGUCGAAAUGAAACGAAUCAAUACUUUGCUAGUUAAAAAUGUUGAAACCACGAAGAAUACUACCAAUGAAGCAUUUCUUUUAGAGAACGAACUUCUGAAGCGUCUAGAGGAUAAGAAACGCGAAGCUAUUCAGCUUGAGUGGAAAGUUGACGCAGCUCGACAGGCUAAGUCUGAUAUUCUUCAACAAAUACUGGACUGUGAACGCGAUAUCUUAUUCUGGGAUAGAAAACUUCAAAUAGCACGUGAAACUGAAAUGGCUCUUGAUCCUUCAAUUGGACGAGCGGAGGUUGAAAAGAUGAAAAAAGAGAUUGCUUUUAUGGAGGAGCGCCUCUCACAACUUCAACGGGAACAGAAGUUUCUGAUUACGGAAAUGCAAAAACUUAUUGAUCAUCGAGAGAUCAUUCGUAUGAAGGGAAAAGGCGUUUUAAAUGCUGUUCACGCCCAAAAGCGCGGUGUAACACGCCUUGGAGUUCAAAAAGAAAAUACACAGUUAUUCAAAGAGUUGAAUGGAAAACGUCAGGAGUCUCAGGCUAAAGAAAAACAGGUAAAAGAAAUCUUAGCUGAUAUGGAAAAAACGGUGUCGGAGGUCGACCAUACUAAACGUGAGAUUGAAGAACUUGAUGGACAGAUAGAGGCAUAUCGAAGACAGCUGGCUUCCAUCCAAAAAGAAAAAGAGCAUAUAGAUGAUGAAAAGGAACUCAAGCAAAACACUUUCCAACGGCUUCGCGAAGCUGAAAAGGGCUCAUACAAGCUUACCUGUUAUCCUGAGGAUACAGAAGCAGAAGAGUCGCGUUUGGAAGAAGGUAGGCAAAAUACGAUCCGAAUUAUCGAGGAGCUUGCUAGCCAAUUUCCAGAACUCACUUCAGAACUUCAAGAUCUGAUGGGAAGUGUAUAA